GCGAGUUCAGAGCCAAAUUCUGGGUUGCCGCCAAACCUUCACAUCAGUCUGUCCUGCCUGGCACCAUGCACUGGCCGCUUCUCCGACACCUCUACCGCAGCCUCAGCCCCUGGGACUGGAGGUUGGCCGGCACCGCCGCCCGCCACUUCUCGGCCACUGGCUGCAGGAGCACCAAGGAACUGCACGGGGCAGUCACCAGAAACAUAAUUAAACGAUCGAAAGACACCUUCAGGAGUUUGCAAAAAGAGAACACCGCCUUCAAGCCUAUACUAGCUGUAAUUCAAGCAGACACAGAUGAUGUAACGUUGCAGUCAACCAGAAACUUUGCAGAGGAGCUUGGAGUGGAUGUCCGUCUCGUACAUGUACCAAAGGAGAGCAGUGAUGAAGAGAUUAUUGACGAAAUCCGGAAACUUAAUGAAGACCCAAAAGUGCGUGGACUGGUCCUACAUUUGGCCAAACCCAGCAUCCAAGUGGUUAAUGCAGUGCAGCCGGACAAAGAUGUGGAUGGUGUCACCGAUGUUAACCUGGGAAAGAUGGUCCGAGGCAGCGCCCAGGAUGGCUUCAUCUCCCCCACUGCCUCUGGCAUCAUUGAGCUCAUAGAACAGAUGGCUAAGAAAUCAUUAGAGGGGAAAACGGUGUUAAUUGUUGGAGCAGAUGUUUCCCUUGAGGCCUCGCUGCAGUGUCUGCUCCAGAAGAAAGGGGCAGUGUCCUUGGUCAGCUCCUGGCAGUCGCAGCAGCUGCAGAACAAGCUUGGUGCUGCAGAGAUAGUGGUUAUUGUAAGUGCAAAACCACCGAAGAUUCCAAGUGACUGGAUAAAGCCAGGAACUAUUGUUGUCUUUGCAGAUGGUUCCGAACUGAACAGUGCUGGAUUAACUGGUCAAGCUGUAGGACCGGUGGCUGCUGCCCUGAGGCUGAAGAAUUUAGCAGAAAGCAGUAAGAGAUGGUUUGAUGCUCAGAAGUACAAAUUGUGGAAUCUUCAUUGCUUAAAGUUGCAGCCUCUGUCCCCUGUACCCAGCGAUAUUGAGAUUUCCCGAGCACAGAAUCCAAAAUCCAUUGACGUGCUUGCCAAGGAGAUAGGAUUGCUUACAGAUGAACUUGAAAUGUAUGGCUACACGAAGGCCAAAGUACGUCUGUCUGUUCUGGAGAGGUUAAAAGAGCAGCCAAAUGGAAAAUAUGUCUUAGUUGCUGGUAUAACACCGACACCUCUUGGGGAAGGCAAAAGUACAGUUACCAUUGGGCUGGUGCAGGCCCUGACCGCUCAUAAAAACAUCAAUUCCUUUGCGUGUCUGAGACAGCCUUCACAAGGACCCACAUUUGGAGUCAAAGGUGGAGCUGCAGGGGGUGGAUAUGCUCAAGUUAUUCCUAUGGAAGAGUUUAACUUGCACUUAACUGGAGACAUCCACGCGAUCACGGCUGCCAAUAAUCUGCUGGCGGCUGCCAUAGAUGCAAGAAUCCUGCAUGAGAGCUCUCAGUCAGACAAGGCUUUAUACAGUCGUCUUGUUCCAUCCGUUAACGGAGUGAGGACGUUUUCUCCAAUUCAGAUUGCUCGGUUGAAGAGAAUAGGAAUUGAGAAGACUGACCCUGGAUCAUUGACUACAGAAGAGUUCAGCAGAUUUGUGCGCCUGGACAUUGACCCUGCUACAAUAACUUGGCAGAGAGUGAUGGACACAAAUGAUCGAUUUCUUAGGAAAAUCACUAUUGGACAAGCAAACACUGAGAAGGGCUGUGAACGUCAGGCCCAGUUUGAUAUUGCAGUGGCAAGUGAGAUCAUGGCUAUACUCGCCUUAACCAACGACCUGCGUGAUAUGAAGGAAAGAUUCGGAAGGAUGGUGGUAGCCAGUGACAAGCGUGGACAGCCAGUGACAGCAGAAGACCUGGGCAUUACAGGUGCUUUAGCUGUUCUGAUGAAGGAUGCCAUAAAGCCAACGCUGAUGCAAACAUUGGAGGGAACUCCAGUUUUUGUCCAUGCUGGACCUUUUGCUAACAUUGCACAUGGCAGCUCUUCUGUGCUGGCAGACAAAAUUGCAUUGAAGCUAGUGGGUGAAGAUGGAUUCGUUGUGACAGAAGCUGGUUUUGGAGCAGACAUUGGCAUGGAGAAGUUUUUCAACAUUAAGUGCAGAUACUCUGGCUUGGUUCCCAAUGUGGUUGUGCUUGUCGCUACCAUUAGAGCUUUGAAGAUGCAUGGAGGAGGACCCAAUGUUACCGCUGGGGCGCCUCUCGCAAAGGAGUACACAGAAGAGAAUCUCCAGCUUGUUCAGGACGGGUGCUGCAAUUUACAGAAGCAAAUCCAGAUUGCUCAACAGUUUGGUGUUCCAGUUGUGGUCGCUUUAAAUAUUUUCAAAACUGAUACUAAAGCAGAAGUUGACCUAGUCUGUAAAAUUGCUAAGGAUUCUGGAGCUUUUGAUGCCGUUCCAUGUAAUCACUGGUCAUUUGGUGGCAAAGGAUCUCUGGAACUAGCUGAGGCUGUGAAACAAGCUGCAAACCAAGAUACUGCCUUCAGAUUUCUGUAUGACUUAGAGCUCCCCAUUGCAGAAAAGAUCAGAACCAUAGCUCAGAAGGUGUAUGGUGCUGCUGAUAUAGAACUGUCUCCAAAAGCUCAGUCAAAAGUUGACAUCUACACACAGCAGGGUUUUAAUAAACUUCCAAUCUGCAUGGCCAAGACACAUCUGUCUUUAUCACAUCAGGCUGAUAAGAAAGGCGUACCCAUAGGCUUCAUUCUACCUAUAAGUGAUGUCCGAGCCAGCAUUGGUGCUGGAUUCAUCUAUCCGCUCGUGGGAACUAUGAGCACCAUGCCAGGAUUACCCACAAGACCUUGUUUCUACGACAUCGAUCUUGAUCCAGACACAGAGGAAGUAAAAGGAUUGUUUUAAAGAAGCCACAGAAUUUCUCAUUGCCUCCACUCGGUGUGAAUCCCAAGAAUGCUUACUGCUUGAUUUUCACUCUGCCUACUGGACCCUUUGAGAAUCUAGUCUUCAAGUAAAUGUGGAAUGUCUGAAGGUCUGUAUGUGCGGUGCUACGUAUCCUGAUUGCCUCUGGGGUGAAGGACAUUGAUGCCAUACUUCAUUUUAGUGGAUGAUGAAUUUAACAUAUGGGGGAUUCUACCUCCCAGAUGUGUGUAAAAACCUGUUAUAUGAAUCUGAAGCAAAAUAAUCUGACAUGGUAGAACUAUGUGGAUUUCUUAUAUUACAGCAGUAGCUUUAGGGUACGGCUGCACAGCGAAACUAUUCCCAGCCAGGAUCGCAGAGUAGCGGUGAUCCAAUAGAAAUGAAUGGGAUUGCAAUGUGAUCCCAUUCAUUUCUAUGGGAUCACCGCUACUCUGUGCUCAUGGUUGCGACCAGUGUCGCUGUGCAGCCGUACCCUUAAUCUUUGUUGUACUGUCAAUGUGACAUGUUAUAUCAUGCAUUACCAACUAAGCGUCAGUCUACUUGUUUGACACUUCCAGCAUCACCAAAGAGAUGUGAAUUUAUAUUUCAGGACAUAAUGUUGAGAAUGAAGUAGUCAUUGUGAUUUAUUUAUUUCCCAGAAACAGUGCCACUCUUAUCUGUAGGCAGUCGGUGGUAUUACCAAACAAGGCCCAUAGACAGUUGUGUGGUUUUUGUAGAAGAAAACAAAAAUCUAAAA